AUGUCACAACCACGAGAAUUAAUGUGUUCAAUCUGUGAAAAAACUUCAAGAGUACGACGCAAUAAAUUCAAGUUUAUUACAACAGCAGCAGUUGAACAUAAAAUGUUAUCUGCUUAUCGAUCUGUACAUGGUCAUGAUCCACCUGUUCCAUUGAUUGGUACUUCUGUUCAUAAAAAAUGUUAUCACAAUUUAUACGAACGAUAUCAUUAUAAGAAAAGCAAGAAGUCAAUAAUUACUUCCAAUGAACCAUCAUCAAUGCAACUACCUGAUAAUUCACAAUAUCUUCUUCAUUCAAACAACGUGCCAAUGUUCAUUUCAACUUCUCUCUCUACUGAUAAUAAUGAUUCAUUGAUUAAAGCAAAUAAGAACAAAUUAUCUUUAUCUUUAAAUGAUAAAAAUUUGAAAUUAAAAAAAGAACUUAUUAUACCUCUUGAAAAAAUUAACCUUCAAACUUUGACUAAUGUUAAUACCGAUCAGGUUCAAUCAAUUCAGUUUAAUGCAGCUACAACUUGUUCCUUGCCCAUGUUGCAACGUGAACGAAACAUAUUAAGUUCCAUCAUAAACACGAAUGUUGAUAUGGUAUCUCAUUUUCAAAUGCUGAACCAAGAUUCUAUGGAUGAACGUACUCAAUUCAACUCAACAUUCACAUCGUCCAAACGAAACACAUGUCCAAGUGAAAUUAUAUAUAAUGAAAAUAAUUGUAAUGAACUAAUAUUAACAUCUUCUCCGAUUACACCGCUACCAACUACAAAUUUACCUCAUAAUUUGAACAUGAUUAGAACAAUAAAUGGUAAUUCUCAGCUUAGAUAA